UCUUUUAAAAACGGGUCACGUUUAACCGUUUUCCUGCCGCGGCGCUUUAUUUUCAACAGAAUCGUGAGAUAUUAAUGACGUGUUUGAAAGCAAAGGGUCCGCUCAUUCAUUCGGCUAACCCGGGUUUUAACCAUUUGUGUUCAUUUCCACGGAAACGUCAAGUUUUGUUUCACAUCUGGAGCUGCUGGAUGCUGAUCCCUGAGCAGCAGUGAAAUCAUGGUGCUGAAGAUCUUCUUCCCACAAUGCUGCAACCGGGCAGACAGCGGGCUGCUGAUCGGCCGCUGGAUCACAGGACAGGACUCGGCCAUAGUGCUGGCGGUCAUCCACUACCCGUUCAUCCCUGGACAGGUCAAACAGUACAUCCAGCAGAUGCAGGCUCAGAGCGGGGUGGAGCUGUCGGUGCUGGGAUCCUGGAGUUUACCCAAAGACGGUCAGGACGAGAUGGAGAACUUCCUCAAAGACCUGAGCACCAUCUUCCCACAGGAGCGCUGGCUCCAGAUCAGCCGCCAGAUGGGCAAGACGGGCUUCACCUGCGACGUCCUCUGCCGCAGUCAAAGAGGAGCAGCUGCUCAGCAGAAGGUUUCAGAGAAGAAGGACGGUGAGAAGCACGAGGAGGAGGAGGAGGAGGAGGAGGAGGAGGAGAAGGAGAAGGUGAUCUUUGUCCACUAUGAUCAGAUGAAGGUGAUGCUGUCGCAGCUUCACCCCGUCGAGAACGGAGUCCCUGACCCAAAAACUGAUCCUCCAUCUGAGCUGAGACAGGUGUUCCAGACGGUGGCCAGCAGCCGGCCGCUCUUCUUCCUGGACCGAUACGACGACGGGCCGCUGAAGACGACGCACUGGCAGUCCGAAGGCCGAGAGGCCAGCAUCAUCGUGGAGCUGCUCAAACAGGCCUCGGUGCCGCUCUGCUUGCUGCUCCGCUGGCUGCUGACACUGUGGGCGUGGCUCUGCAACGCCCGCAUCUUCAGCCUGUUCCCGCUCCGUGUUGUGGGCAGUAAAAUGUCCACGUGCGUCCAGCUGAGCUACAGAACCGAACACAUGCGGGCGCUCAGCUCGGCCGCGCCAGCCGCCGGACACGAUCAGUUCAUGAGGAAAGCGAAUAUCUUGGUGUCGUUCCUGGUGGACACGGCUCUCGGCUGGUUACUCAUCUGGUGGCUCUACAGAGACGAUCACAUCACCAUGCUGGCUCAAACACUGAUGCCAGCGGCAGAUCACGUGGCUAAAGAGCUGCAGGAGCUGCUGCAGUGGCUGAUGGGAGCUCCUGCAGGGCUGAAGAUGAACCGGGCCCUGGACCAGGUUCUGGGACGCUUCUUCCUCUAUCACAUUCACCUGUGGAUCAGCUACAUCCACCUGAUGUCUCCCUUCGUGGAGGGCAUCCUCUGGUACGGUGGCCUGUCAGCCAGCCUGGGCCUGACCUUUGCCCUCUCGCUGUUCUCCGACAUGGUGGCGCUGCUCACCUUCCACAUCUACUGCUUCUACGUGUACGGAGCCAGGCUCUACUGUCUGAAGAUCUACGGCCUCUCGUCUCUCUGGAGACUCUUCAGAGGGAAGAAGUGGAACGUCCUGAGGCAGAGAGUGGACUCCUGCUCCUACGACCUGGACCAGCUCUUCAUCGGGACGCUGCUGUUCACCAUCCUGCUCUUCCUGCUUCCCACCACAGCCCUUUACUACCUGGUCUUCACUCUGUUGCGUCUGGGUGUGGUGCUUUUCCAGGGCGUCCUCCACCUCAGCGUGGACUUCAUCAACUCCUUCCCACUGUUCGCCAUGAUCCUCCGUGUGUGUCGCUCGUACAGACUGGCAGAAGGUGUAAAGUUCCGGGUGCUGUCUGAAGAACCUGGGACGGCUCUGCACCUGCUGAUGGAGAUCAACCCUCUGCCGUGCGGCUCAGUGGUCCAGACGUAUCGCACUCCCACCUACAGCUGCUACCCCAAAGACUCGUGGGCAGCGCUGGUCAAGAAGCUGUUUGUCGGGGAGCUGAUUUACCCCUGGAGACGCAAAACCUCCAAGACUGACUGAGAGACAGCAGCCAGCAAACGUAAGACAGAGAGGAGGGGAGGGAGGACAGGGACACAGAUGGAGAACGGGAAGAAAGAGUGAAGUCUUCACACACUCAAAACUGCCAAAACACUGCACUUGUAAUAAUUGUCUUUCACAUCACAACAAUGUGGCCACAGGCUCAAACAACAGGAAGUCCUGUCAUAGACUGUUUAUAAAAGUGGACGUAGUCUUGUCUUUCAGUUGCAAAACAAACCAUUUCGAAGCCUCGAGAUUCUCGAGUUGCUCGGCGACAUGGCAGUUUUUUAAAAACACAGAUGUUUGUUUCCUCCGCCAUGUUGUCAGGAAAAGCCUCUGUAAACACGAACGUCACCUGUGCUGGUUUCAAGCUGUUCAUUGUCACUUUAAAUACACAGAAAUUAAAAUGUAUUCCCGAAUGUGACAGACUGGUUAUAUCUAUAUAUCUGACCCUUAUACUGCCCCCUGGUGGUUUUCACCAGUAUGGAAACAGCUGGAGCUGCAGCAUUACGACAUCUUCAACAUUCUGGUAAACUUUUCUGUCUUUUAUGUCACAAUAAAAGCACGUCAAACAAACAAGAGAUGAAGAGACGAGUUGUCUGACAUUGCCUGGUGUAUACAGUAUAUAUACUGUAUAUAUAAAGGAGUGUAUCUCCUAAAUGUAUUACUUUAUUCUCCUAAAUGUAUGAAUUUCUCAUAAAUGUAGGACUUUAUUCUCCUAAGACUAUUCUCGAAGUCUGUGAAUUAUUUGUUUUCUCAAUGUGGCCCUAAUACUCUGUCGUACAAUGGGAAUUUAAUUUACAAAAAAAUAAUAAUAAUGUCAUCAGGUUCUACGGAAGAAGACCUGAAACUAACGAACCUCACUACUUUUAACUCCAUGUGUUUUAUGAACGCUCUAUGUCUUUAGUACGUGGUGACACAAAGAAAAUAAAAUCUUUGUUCUACUCAGAAUCCCAGUUACCAGGGAUUUGUGUCUUAACUGCACUGAUAAUAAAAAUAGUUUCCUUUAGAUUUUUUUAUGAUCAAGUAUUGAACUAAGUUGAGGUAAAAUUAUAACAACUAAACAAAUUAUGUUUUUUUAAUUUAAUAAUCGUCAACAUUUUUUAAUCUUAAAGCAUUCUUUUUUAAAUAGAAAUAAUGUGUUUUAUGUUGUUUGUUUGAUGCCAUAUUUCAUCCAGAUAAACUGAUACAGAUGAUGAUGAUCAUCAUCAUCGUGAUACAAAUCAAAUGCAUUCAUAUGCUACUAUUCUAUUACAUGUGUGAAUUUUGACCUAAUUUUUUCUUCAACAACAAGGUUCUAACAGUUUGGAGACCGGACUCAUGCUUCACGUUAAAGGGAUAGUUCAGAUUAGUCAGCAUCACUGAGAACCAGCACGAGACGAGUGGCCCUGCUCUCUGUAAACACGGAAGGAAGGAAACUGAAUUCAGCCACUUCACAAAAGACUUGCCUCAUAAAAUCUAUGUCUGUUCAAGUCUACGAUGUUUUAAGAACGUGUUCACGUCGUUAUCUUAUUUCCAACAGGAAAGUGAAGUUUGUAAACCACUCACUCUCCCACACCAAACCUCAUAGAGGAAAGUAAGUGGUUAAUCCACUGCUGCCUCCAUCACUAAGUUCAAAUGUCUUAUUUUGUAAAAUUCAGCGUUUGAAAUCCUUUGUUCAGAUUUAUGUCAGUGACACAAAGUGACCACACGAGGCAGCAGAGGACCAGCAGCUCCUGUGUCCCUGUGAGCUAAAAUCACUGAUUUUCUCUAUGAGGUUUGAUGCAAACACAUUCUUAAGGUGUUACAGACUUAAGCAGGAGUAGAAUUGACUCAAUUAUUAUUUUGUUAGGAGGCUGAAAUAUAUAUUUGUCUCCUGUCCUUGAUACAGCCAGACGUCAAACAACCUGAACUAUCCCUUUAAUUUGAACAUAUCUUAGACCUGCAGAGAUCCUUUUUUUUUUUUUACCUUUAAAUGUGAAUUAUUUAAAUGGUAACACACUGCCCUUUAAUGUCACUAACAAUAGUAUGUCAUUUGUUACAGUUGGUGAAUGUGUAUAUUAACUUGUUUUUGUUCAUUUUAAUUAAAUCCUCAAUCUGUUUAAAUAUUCCAUGUUCAUUCAAUAAAAUUAAUGCAUAUGUAA